AUAAACCCUGAGCUUUGAUUUUCAUUCCAAAAUGGCGGCUGCUAUGAACGUUAGUUAAACUGCGUCAAGAUAACAACAGAUGUUAAGACAUCGUCUCGAAAAAGUGGAAAGCAUGGGUGACGAAGCACAACGAGGAUCAAAAUCUGUUCCAAAACCAGCUCCUAAACAAGUGUACUGCGAUGUUUGUGACGUCUAUCUGUCUUCAGCUGCCCUUGUUGACACUCAUAAAAAUGGAAGGAAACAUACAAAUCUUGUCAAAGUGAAGGCUGACAAAGCAAGUGUACAGAAGAAGACUAUCUUUGUCCGAGGUUUUGAUAAAUCCUUAAUAACUUGUGCAGAUUUGGAACAGCUGUUUAGCCAAUUUGGGGAGAUAAGAAACAUCUAUAUUGACAAAGAGAAGAAUUGUUACGCCCUAGUAGAAUUUGAGACAGAUGCAAGUGUAGCAAAAGUGUUGAAUCAAACAGAACCUUUGACCUUGAAUGACAAGACAUUAAAGGUUAAACCAAAAUCAUCACCUAAGAAAGUUGAGAAGAAACCAGAUCAUACCAAUCCUUCAAGCAGUCCAGUGUCACCUGGAUCAAAAAAGCGCAAGCGAGGCACUUCACAGUCAGAACUUUCUAACUUUGUCACAUCUGAACUGUUCAAGGGGCUGAACUCUUCAAAUACUGUUAGUACCAAAUUUUUCAUAUAUUCACAGUGUUUCGGCAAGGCUGUGGAAGAACAAAUCAGUGUGUUGAUGGAACAUCUUGGGCUGUCAAAAGAUGAUCUUCAGCUGCGUGAUCUGAUCUGCCAACUACUAGCUGGUGUCUUCCAGGAAUUCUUCCCAACUUGCAGUGUUAUGCCUUAUGGCUCAUCAGCUAAUGGCUUGGGGUGGAAAGGGAGUGACUUAGAUCUUUGUCUUCUUCUUGAUAACAAUCCAUCAGAGGAGGAUCUGUCCAAGGAUGGUGUUAAACAGUGUGCAGAUGAAUUGGGUAUUGUUGUAAAGGCUUUAAAGGAUCUGGUGCCUGGUUGUGCCCAUGUGGUCCCCGUAUUCUCAGCUAAAUGCCCUGUUGUCAAGUUUGUGCAUCAACCAUCAGGAGUUUCCUGUGAUCUCACAAUAAACAACAGACUUGGCAUGGAAAACACAAAGCUUCUUAGAUGCUACCUAUCAUUAGACCCCAGAGUCAAGCAGCUAAUCACGGUGGCGAGGGCUUGGGCUCGAGCUGCAGGCUUGUCACGUGAUAGAGGUGGCCAUCUGUCAAACUACGCGUUGACGCUGAUGGCUGUGUACUUCCUACAGAUCACCUCACCUCCUGUGAUUCCAUCAUUACAGUGCAUCAAUAAAUGGCUCCUCUUAUCGUCUUCCACAACCCCAGCUCAUGAAAACUGUAACUGUGAACAGGCGAAAUUUAUAGACGGCUGGGACUGCAGCUAUUUUGAUGACGUCACGAGGGUAUCCUCCAGUGAGAACAGCUGUGACAUCGUUCAACUUCUGACCGCGUUUUUCGACUUCUAUGGUAAUCGGUUCGACUAUGGCAACUGCGUGGUCAAUAUACGUACGGGACAGCAUUGUACGAAGUUGGCCAUCCAAGAAGAACUACAAGAAGUAAUGAGGAGUCGCACAAAAGGUGACAACGCCAUGUCAUUGCCAAAGAUCGUGGAAUUCGAUUUGACCGACUUUUGUGUACAAGACCCAUUUGAGUUAUCACACAAUGUGACUCGCAGUUUAAGCACUAUGGCUCUAAAGGACUUAAUCAAGUACAUGAUGACUGCGAGAGAGGUUUGCAAGAGGAUUUGCCCUCUGGAAUACUUUCGAGACACCAAAGGUAUCAUUGCAUUGUUGACAACGUCGUGUGGUGAGACGAGGGCAAGGAAGCUUGAGCAAUGUUCGUUUGAUGUGCCUUUAGCUGUAGGUAAGGACUCUCCUGAUUUUACUUCUGAGGAUGAUCUGUUAAGAGAUGUACUGCGGUUCUUGACGGAAGACCUUAAGGUUCACUAUGAGGUCGAGAAAACGGAAAUUACAUCGAAAGAACUUCAAGAUAAAGAUGGACUUUUAAAUGAGGUUUUAACAUCCUCUGAUUCUACUUUGGAUAAUCCGGAGCGUUUUCCAAGCAGCAAAGUCGAAUGCAUUGAAAAAUUUCCAGACUCAAUCCUCCUUAUUGCAACAUGCACUGCUUGGGAAAACACAUGGACACACUCUAGGAGGCAGCGGCGGAGGAUAAUUGCUGAACGAGAUGGUUCGCAGGAGAAGAGUCAUCUUCAGGGUGAAUCUCCUUCUGUAGAUGGCGACGUAUCCCCUUCAAGCUCACGUGGUACCGCACUUCCAGUGUUAGUCUUCAGGCUGGUUUAUAAACACAAGGCCGAUCAAGAUAGACCAAGGGCCUCAUUCUACCUCCACCACGUGAGAAGCCAAGGUUUUGAAGAUUGCCGAAAAGCGAAUUUUGGGGCUGUUCAAGAGGAUAAGGUCUUGACCGGCGCAGUCUUAGCAACAUACGCUGUCUUCUCGGAGUUUGAAUGCCGCGUAAAGUGCUAUACGAACCAUGAAUGUCUUUCAGUCAACUUGGGGCCACAAGUAAACGGGCUGAGACAGUGUGAGCUGAACGGCGCUAUCAACGAUGAAGAAACAGUGCUGCAAAGCAAAAUGGGAUUUAUGUAUCGUGGAUUCAAAUCUAAUCCAUGUCUCUCAACGCCAUGCAAGAAUGGUGCAACAUGCCAUGUUGGCUUUACCAGCAAAGGUUUCAGAUGCUUGUGCGCACAAGGAUACCAAGGAUCAAGAUGUGACGAUGACAAAGAUGAAUGCAGGACCAAGGGUGUGUGCGGCAAUGUGUCGCUUUAUGCAUGUGUCAAUACAUACGGCUCCUACUCCUGUCAAUGUGCUGCUGGGUAUUCGCAAGUGGGCAGUACAUGCACUGAAGCUACCAUGCCAGCAUCAGCCAAUACCACGGCAAUAUCAGCCAGUACCAUGGCGACAUCAGCCAAUACCACGGCAAUAUCAGCCAGUACCAUGGCGACAUCAGCCAAUACCACGGCAACAUCAACCAGUACCAUGGCAACAUCAGCCAUUACCACCGCAACACCCAUCAGUACCAUGGCAACACUAACUAGUACCAUGGCAACACCUGCAAGUACCACGGCAACAUCAGCAAGUGCAACAGCAACACCCACCAGUACCUAGGCAACAUCAGCCAGUUCCAUGGCAACAACCAAUCGUCAGUGCCAUACUUUUUUGUUCAUGACACGAUGUGACAUCAUCAGUGCAUCUAUUAGAGGACAGAUGCACGCAAAAAUGAGAUCUUUUUGUUUAAGUAGAAACUGGUAUCUUUGUUUAUCGAUAGAAAAAAUAACCGCCACACCUCUUGCUUCAUGUUGCAUUCCUAAAGGCUCAAUCCUUGGUCUGCUACUAUUGAUUGUCUUUGUGAAUGACCUCCUGUAGCAUGUGAAUAGCAACACUCUAACAAUCAAUGAAUCAAAGCAUGAAUUUUAAAUUUUGGACAAACUUUAUUCCUUGUUUAACCUAUUUUUAAAAUGCAUAAAUACAUGGUCAACAAAUUUUAUUAGAAUUUCAUAACUAUAUGUUUAUUAAACAGUGUGCAAAAAUGUCGAUUUGGUAUUCAAACUUGAAAAUCCAAGUAAAUACAUACUAAUUAUUAAUUUUUUUUAUGUCCAGGAUUUUGUAAAUAUCCAAUCCUGCUUUGUUUUGUAUUUUUUAAAAUAUAAUACUCAUAGAGCUUUUGUAUUAUACUGCCUUGUUGCAAAUUCUUAUUGAUCUGUCCACAUUUCAUUUUAGGGAAAAAGUGCACCAUUAUAGGGGUAUCACAUUACCAUGGUACCCAGAGCUAUCAUUUAAGAUAUAUUAUCACAGUACCCAGCGUUAUCAUUUGAGAUAUCAUUUUACUGUGGUACCCCGAGCUAUCAUUUGAGAUAUCAUAUUUUGGAUAUCCGGAGCCUUCAUAUGAGAUCAUUUCACAAGUGCCUAAAAGGUCAUUUUGAGUCUAAGACGGUUAUUUGCUAGGGUUAGCCUACUCUAUCGUAGCUGAAUUUACAUUCUCUUCAAAUUCAGGAGUCAUUCUUCUGAAGAAGAGCAGGAUAUUUCUUGUUACAAUACAAGACAAAAAUACUUUUAGGCAAAGGUUAGGUGUGACUUCACAAGGCUUGCAUACUCAUUGUGCCCUCUGUCCUAGCCAAUGAAAUUUGUGUGUUCCCAUACUGAACAAAAGGUACUUUGAAAUCCAUUGAUGUUGUUUUUCUGUAAAUCAAUACUGUAAAACUUUCCACAUGGAAAGCAGAAUUAAACAUUUCUAAACUGUC